AUGCUCAUUCAGUUGACAGUCGGCAAGGUUGAUGCAGGUGUUGCAGUCCUUCUAACCGAAGACAAACGUCUGAUAGAGUUCCCAUCUAUUCUCCUACCCUCUUCGAUCACGUCUGGCUCCAUAGUCGACAUUGCCGUUUCUCAAAAUUAUGAUGCCGAGCGGAAAUCCCAAGCCGCAUUCGCUGACCUCCAAUCACGUAUUCUAAACACCUACGGCAUACACUCACCGUCCCCUCCUACCAUUCGCCUAAGAGGCGCUACCCAAACUUCACUGGUCCUCGAAUGGGACCCCAUACAACUAGCCACAUCCAACCUGAAAUCCCUCUCCCUCUACCGAAAUGGCAGCAAAGCAGGAAGCAUCCCAAGACCCAAGGAGAUGCUGAGCACAAAGAUCAGUGGUCUGGCAGUGGACACGGAGUACUCUUUCCAUCUGGUUCUUAGGACAACGGGAGGAACUUAUUCUAGUCCUGUCCUGACCUGUCGAACGCACAAGAUGACAGAUCUAUCCGGUAUCACUGUGACGCCGGGAUUGCUGCCAGAGCAGUUGCGUGCAAGCUUAGAGAUUGCCGUGGAGAGGAUAGGCGGCAGGAUCGCCGACAGCGUUCGAAUAGAUACAACGCAUUUCGUGUGUACGGAAGGGAGGGGCAAGGAUUGGGAGAGAGCUGUUGAGAUGAACAUCCCAGUGGUGCGACCGGAAUGGGUAGAGGGAUGUGAACGAGAAGGAAGGAUCGUGGGCGUAAGAGGUUAUUAUUUAGACGCCAAUCCGAAGCAAAGACAUGUCGGGCAGAACCCUUCCCUGAGUGGUACUACAGCUGCCUCGUUGAAUGUGGCUGUGAGUGCAAAGGAUAGUCAGGCAUAUCUGCCUGAAAGACGUGUGCCACACCCAUCAGAUCCAAGAAGUCCGGAUCGCGAAAAUCAUACUUCUGGCGAAGGGGAUGGACCGGGUCCCGAGGUGCCUCCUAGUCCUCCUCCGAAGAACGAGAAGUCCAGAAACUCUGCAUCGGCGGAAGAAGAAGCAACAUCCGUGAGUCCUGCAGCAGAUUCAGCUGGUGAAGGCGAAGAGAGGGAGGAGGUUUCAGACGAGGAGAGCAAUGACGCACCGCCCGCGCAGGACACCAGCUCACCAUGGAAUCAAGCUAGGCGUUCCGAGGCAAGCAUGAAAGCCAAAGUGGAGAACGCAGAGGACGGCGAGGACGAAGACGCUGGUCAAAGUGAGAUGGAGAACGUGCCAUUAUAG